CUGGACCAACUUGGUGCAACUGUUCGCAACAAUAGACAAAUUCGAAGAAUGGUGGUGUUCCUGAUUGGUGUCUCGUUGAGUUUCAAUUUGUUCGGUGAUCUUCUCACACUUUUUAUAAAAGAAGAACUGGACUUGGUUUGGAGGGAAGUUUGCACUUUUGUGGUACAAGUCUACCCUCGACUGGUUGUAAAUACCAUCAAUUUAACGUUUUUGACUCUUUUGAUGAUUCUGGAAGGUCGCUUUAGAGUCAUUAAUGACGGAAUCCAAGCCCUCAUUAAUGACUCUCGCAAAGUGACACGGUUUCCAACCGAAUUGACCUUUUGCAACAAAAUCAAACAUCUGGUCAACCUUCACAAAAACUUGGUCAAAGUCGCCAAAGAUCACAAUUCGCUUUAUUCCUUGCAUCUGUUACUUUGGAUUACUGUGACUUUUAUUCUUCUUGUCGGUGACUCCUAUAUUGUCAUGUAUGUAUUUUUUUUCCACUUAUCAGAUGUUCGCUAUGUUAUGGUUGUGUACUUGUUGAAAAAUGUGGUCCUGUAUGGUUUAGAAUUGUUUAUUUUGGCGAAAAUUGUGACCGACUUGUGUCAAGAAGCGAAUAGUACCAAAAAAUUAAUUGUGAAAAUUAAAAUCGACAUCGACAAGGAGGAUGAAAGGAAUGAGGUCAUUUCAAGUGCUUUGAAACUGAGUCAGAAUGAGUUGGAAAUAACAGCUUGCAAGUUUUUCAGUAUUGAUAACGCUCUACUAUUUUCAAUUUGUGGUGCUUCAUCGUCUUACCUAUUCAUAAUGAUUCAAUUGGACCUUGGGAAUAAGAAAAAUGAAACCAGCACAAUUUUGAUGGAUGUGAAUAACUCGACUGUUAAUCAAAGUGGUUUCUUGUGAAUUAAGUUACGUUGUUUAACAUUACUCUAAUUAAAGCCCACUUGCCUGAAUCAAUAAACGUAAUUACCUAUACUAUGAGUUUGUUGAUAAUUAUUUAGUGCAAUUGAAAUGUUUUCAACAAGUUACAACGAAAUUUUCGCUCCAAUUUAAACAAUUUUAAAUUUUUUGACCGUCGAACCCCGCAUUCUGACAAACGGCCGUUUGGUUUUUUCUGUCGUCAUUUAUUUUGAAAAUACAAGGCUAACUGAAUUUUUUUAAACGGCACGAAAAGUCAAAUUUAAUAAUUUUUAAAACAGCAUUUUUUUGUGAAUUCAGUGAUGUUAUAUGGUACCCACCUUUGUUUUUGUUACAAGGUAAAAAAAAUUAUUUUGGAUUUUUGGAAAAGCAUAACUAAGUUAGCUUUGAAAAUACUCUGAUUAGCGAUCUGUCACUUGUAUAUUAGCCAAAAAUUAAACUUGUGUGCAAUAAUUAGUUUAACAAUAGUACAUUUAAGUAAAACUGAGCAAAAAAAAUUCUCAUACUGGUUGGUCAUGGCGGCAGAAAGCAAAAAAGUUAGUGGAAAUCAUUUUAAACAUCUUUUUUAGCAUAAAAAUCAUGUAUUUCGUGUUUAAUUUAUUUCUAAUUAAGAAGUGUUCUUCUUCAUUUAAAAGUGUUUUUUUAACAAUUAUUUUUAACUCCUACUUAUUUUUUGGUCAAUGUUUAAGCAGAAAAGAUCUAACGAUAGAUAAAGACAACAUUUCCCAGGUAACAAAAUUUUACACUUUUUUAAACCUUAUUAAUUCGAUUUUUUUAAGUUUUGC